GUACAAAGAUUAGUUGUACACACAAGGUGUUUAUUUGUCCGACUACCAAAUAUAAAGAAGCAACAAAAACACAGCAGGAUGGUGAGGUAUGGAUUUCCACAGCAGGAUUUCCCAAAUACAAAGUUUUUAAAGCGCACACUGAAAGAACAAAAAGCUAAGUAUGUUCAGUUUAUCACAGGAAGUACAAGAACUGAGUGGAUCAGCUCGCAUGUAUAAAUCCUGGAAUGAUUUCUGACAAGGUUCCACAUAAAUUUAGAUUAAAAUCUUGCUAAAAGACUUCAAUGAUGAAAUUUGGCUAUUCAGAUUGACCAGUGGCUAUUCAGAUUGACUAGCAGGACUUCCAUGUGUGUCUUUGUUACCAAAUUGUUAUGAAAUCCAUGCAAUUUUCUCACACUUUUCUUUUUCUUUUUUUUUUACAGCUGAACAGAAUGCAAAUUAUUACCUCUAAAGGAGGAAUAUGGUUAAAAACUUGCAAAAUGCUAAGACAAUGGUCACAAAACUUUACCGUACUUAAAUUAAGAGCUGAAACAAAAUGGCACACAAAUAGAAAAAGAUAGCUUGAUUUGAUUUGGGGAAAAAAAAUUUUAUGAGCUUUAACUCCAGACACAUCAAUAAGGCAAAGGUCAAAUCUUGUGAGCUACUUGCGCCAUAAAGUUCAAGAGCGCCAUGCGUCAGUCGCAUAUAAAAAACACAGGAAAACUGGCAGAGCGGCAGUUUUUCUCCUUUUUGUGGAUGCGUAAAGCAGGAACACGAAUCUGGCUGUUAGUGCUUCAAUCUGCAGCUGAUGCUUCAGAGACUCCCGCCCUGUAAGACCCAUCGGUGGCACCGGACUGACCGUGAGUCGCUUUAAGACCAUCGAUACCGUCACAUCCCCUCGGACUCUGGAUCAGCUUCUUAUUGGUGACCGCGCGCCGCUAGGGGACUCAUUUUAGUCACGGACACUAGCAGGCGCACAACGCGACCGUGGAGAUACUUGAUCCUCCUGAUGCGCCAUGGAGAACUCCAGCGCGCAGGCAGCUGCCAUCACGGACUUUAUCUUGCACACUUUGAAGCAAACCGUGGAUUCACAGCGCGUUUCGGAGGGAUAUUUUUUCCUGGAAGGCGGCGCACUCAGGACUGACGCUGGGGUUGGAUUUAUGACCGCUCCCCAGACCGAACCUCCUCACCUGGUGCCUGCUUUCUGGGACUCCCCGCUCAGCCACGGCAUCAAUGUGUUCGUCGGAUUGGUCCUCUGCUUCACCAUGCUGGGCCUGGGCUGCACCGUGGAGGUGAGCCAGCUCGGGGAACAUAUCCGCAGACCCAUCGGGGUAUUGCUGGCUCUGGUGUGUCAGUUUGUCAUCAUGCCCCUGGUGGCUUUUCUUCUGGCUUUAGCUUUCUCUCUGGAUGAUGUGGCAGCGAUGGCGGUCCUCCUGUGUGGCUGCUGUCCUGGUGGGAACUUGUCAAACAUCAUGUCUCUGCUGGUCCACGGAGAGAUGAACCUCAGCAUCAUCAUGACCAUAUCCUCCACCCUGCUGGCGCUGGUCUUGAUGCCCCUCUGUCUCUGGAUCUACAGUCGGGCCUGGAUCAACACGCCCGUGGUCAACCUGCUGCCCUUCGGGGCCAUCAUCCUGACCCUGUGCAGCACCCUCAUCCCCAUUGGUUUGGGUGUUAUGCUGAGAUACCGCCACACACGUGUGGCCGACAUAGUUUUAAAGGCUUCCCUUUGGUCUCUGCUGGUCACCCUGGUGAUGCUGUUCGUCCUGACAGGCGUGAUGCUAGGACCGGAGCUGCUCUCCACCAUCCCUCCCUCCGUGUAUGUGGUGGCCGUCCUGAUGCCUCUGUGCGGGUAUGCCGCGGGCUACGGCCUGGCCGUGCUGUUCGACCUGCCCCCCAACAGCCGCAGGUCUGUCUCCCUGGAGACGGGGUGUCAGAACGUGCAGCUGUGCACCGCCAUCCUGAAGCUGGCCUUCCCUCCUCAGCUGAUGGGCGGGAUGUACAUGUUCCCUCUGCUGUACGCGCUCUUCCAGGCAGCCGAGGCCGGCAUCUUCAUCCUGGCCUACAAGCUGUACAGGAAGGAGGUUCUGCUUAAAUCGGACCCCACGAUGGACGGCGGCGAAUCAGACAUAACGUAUCAAAGGUUCCGUGACGAGGACUUUGAGCCGUCUUACGGUGCUGUGACAGUGAGCGACCCGAAUACAAUCAUGCUAGAGCCCUGCCCCCCUGAUCCCACUCCUGUUUAAUAUUUUAGGAAUCAAUAUUUCUUUGCUGCUGAUCUUAGGAGAUGAGACCAGAACAUUUUGAUUGCUGUCAUUCAUUACAAGAAAAAAAAAAAACACAAACAGGGAGAUGAAAGUGAAAGAUUGAUGUGGGGUGCUUUAUGUCAUGAGCUAAAUUCAUUCAAAUUAAUCACUGUUGCCUUUUAAAAUGAAAUAACACUGCUGUUCCCUGUGGAGUAAAAAAAAAAACAUUUACAAAGAUUUAUGACCAUGUGUAAGUGAUGAUUUAAACAUAUCAAAACGUGCAACCAAGCCUGUGCCAAACUGUAUCUGUACAUUACUGUAUAGAGCAAUUAAAGAUCUAUAUGUAGUCUACUUGUUUCUCUUUUUCUUUUGUUUUUUACAUCCAUCAAUGUUGCACUACUGUCAUCUCUUGGAUUUUGCUGCUCAUCAUUUCCUUCCCUCCAAUUCGCUUAACGAGUCCGGUAUUUUCAGAAAACAAAAUAUCUUUCCUUUCCCUGCAUUACUUUCCACUGAGCAACCACAUUUUCAAAUUUGAGUUCCCUAUUAGACCUUCUUUACUUGCUCAAUAAUAUUCUUUUACACACAUUUUCUGCAGCUAAUAUUAAACCAAUUACAUAAACCAGUAAAAUGUUUCUCCACCAGUUCUUAUUUUAUUUAUACUUAUCUAAUCCCUUCUAUUUAUUCCUCUAAUUUUUAUAACAUCAAUGUUGUAUCCUAUCUAAAUGUCUCCCUUUUAUCUCAUUAUCCUAUCCCAUUUUUCGUAACUUCUUAC